UUGGUAUCGUGCACUCCCUUUGAAACUUGUUGGCUGACAACGCAAGAGCGUGCGUUGACAUUCUGCCUGUUUUAAAUCAAUUUUAGACAAGUUUGCAGCAUGUCGCGCAGGAAGGAGCACGAGGAGACGGACAAGCAGACGCGUAUUGCCAUUGUCAGCGAUGACAAAUGCAAACCGAAGCGCUGUCGGCAGGAGUGCAAGAAGUCCUGUCCAGUGGUGCGCAUGGGCAAGCUGUGCAUCGAAGUGACGCCCACAUCGAAGAUAGCCUCGCUGUCCGAGGAGCUUUGCAUCGGUUGCGGUAUCUGCGUCAAGAAAUGUCCCUUUGAGGCCAUUACAAUCAUCAACUUGCCAAGCAAUUUGGAUAAGCACACAACGCAUCGAUAUAGCAAAAACUCGUUCAAGCUGCAUCGCUUGCCCAUUCCUCGACCAGGAGAGGUGCUCGGUUUGGUGGGCCAAAACGGUAUUGGCAAGUCGACGGCACUGAAAAUUCUUGCUGGCAAGCAGAAACCGAAUUUGGGAAAAUAUGCGAAUCCGCCAGACUGGACCGAAAUUCUGGCCUAUUUCCGUGGCUCCGAGCUGCAGAACUACUUCACUAAGAUAUUGGAGGACAACCUAAAGGCGCUGGUUAAGCCGCAGUAUGUCGAUCAGAUUCCUAAAGCGGUGCGUGGUGCUGUGGGCGAGCUUCUCGAUAAAAAGGACGAACGUGACCUGCAAACGAAAAUCUGUAGCAUGUUGGACCUAUCACACAUUCGCGAUCGUGAAAUUUCCCAGCUGUCUGGUGGAGAACUGCAACGUUUUGCCAUUGCCAUGGUGUGCAUACAGAACGCUGACAUCUUCAUGUUCGACGAACCGUCCUCGUAUCUGGAUGUUAAGCAGCGUCUCAACGCUGCGCUGACCAUUCGCUCGUUACUGCAUCCUACCAAAUUCAUCAUUGUUGUGGAGCACGAUUUAUCUGUGCUGGAUUACUUGUCAGAUUUCAUUUGCUGUCUGUAUGGCGUGCCCGGCUGCUAUGGUGUUGUGACUAUGCCUUUCUCGGUGCGUGAAGGCAUCAAUAUUUUCCUGGACGGUUUCGUUCCCACGGAGAAUAUGCGUUUCCGCACGGAGUCGCUUACUUUCAAGGUAUCCGAAUCGGCAACGGAGGAGGAGAUCAAACGUAUGAACCAUUACGUUUAUCCAUCCAUGGUGAAAACGUUAGGCAAAUUCGAGUUGACCGUUGAGAAGGGUCACUUCAGUGAUUCUGAGAUCCUGGUAUUGCUGGGCGAGAACGGUACGGGCAAGACAACGUUUAUUCGCAUGCUGGCUGGUAAUCUGCAGCCGGACGGUGAAGUUGAGCUGCCCAUGCUGAACAUCUCGUAUAAGCCGCAAAAGAUUUCACCUAAAUUCCAAAAUCAUGUCCGUCAUUUGCUGCACGACAAGAUUCGCGAUGCAUACGUGCAUCCGCAGUUCAUUGCGGACGUCAUGAAGCCCAUGAAAAUUGAGGAGAUCAUGGACCAGGAGGUGCAAAACCUCUCUGGUGGUGAAUUGCAACGCGUUGCUCUGGUGCUCUGUUUGGGCAAGCCCGCCGACGUCUACCUUAUUGAUGAGCCCUCUGCAUACUUGGAUUCUGAACAGCGUCUGGUCGCUGCCAAGGUGAUCAAACGAUAUAUUUUGCAUGCGAAGAAAACAGGCUUUGUGGUGGAGCACGAUUUCAUUAUGGCCACCUACCUCGCGGAUCGAGUCAUUGUUAUUGAGGGUCAACCCUCGGUGAAGACCACAGCCUACUCGCCGCAGUCUCUGCUCAAUGGUAUGAAUCGAUUCCUCGAACUGCUGGGCAUUACUUUCCGACGAGAUCCCAACAACUUUAGACCGCGCAUCAAUAAAAAUAACUCGGUCAAGGAUACGGAACAGAAGCGCUGUGGACAGUUCUUCUUCCUGGAGGAUGAGGCUUCGUAAUGCAUCUAGUUGCGUUUUGAUUGACGUCAGCUCUGAUAGAGGACUCGGUUUUUUGUCGUUCGGUUUCCAUGCUAUCGCGUUUUUCUUUCUAAAAUUGUCUUUUUAUUGCAUUUUUUAAACAAUGAACACAUCUUUCAACAUUA